GUCCAAUAUCCACGGGGGCUAGAGACAGCAGGUAAUUAGAAGCAAUUAGUUGUCCCCCUGCCGGGAAGCCGGGCAAUUACCUUUUUCUCUCUUCCUCUUCCGUCCUUCCUUCUCCCGUGGAAGCGAUAGAAGUGUUUUGCUCCCUAAGCAGCAGUGUACGCUGAGCUGGCACGGGCAUGAGGGAUGAACUGAGCAGGAUUCGGUCUCCUCCUCCCGCCGCCGCGGUGGCCGCCGGCAGAGCAGUGCAUUGUGGAGGCUGAGCGCGCCGCGGUGGCUGGAGCUGCGGCCCCGGGAUCGCGCGGCGAGGAGCUGUCCGAGGUGCUGACCGGCCCGGCCCGCGCCCUGCGCGCCUACCUGCCCUGGACCACUCCAAGUCCUGGCUUUUCUCCCACCCCUCCGUCUGCCUUUGUGUCCUCCUCACCUAGGGGCGUAGCGGCUGGAGGAAAUCAUGGUGUUCGCUCCAGGUGAGAAACCUGGAAAUGAGCCUGAAGAGGUAAAGCUGCAGAAAGCCAGCAAACAGAUCGUGCAGAAUGUCAUCCUGCAAGCUGUUCAGCAAGUGUCCCAGGAGAGCCGGCAGAGGGAAGACAGAACCGGUGACAACCAGGGCAACUUCCAGCUGGGCGUGGGGGAAUUAACCAAGAAGCACGAAAAGAAGUAACACAGUGGAUCUGGCUCUUGUCAUAUGCCUGGUUACCAGCCUUCCUCUUAGUAUAGGAUGCGUUGCCAAAACGUUGCCAGUAAAGCAAACCAAAGUGUCGUCAGCACCUAGCAGUAGAAUGAAUUCGCGCUAGUCCUUGGCUGAGAAGCACUGUUUUGAAAAAGUGCAUUAGAAGAUUCUGUUUAUAUUAAGGCAGUGCCUCUGAAACAUAGCGGGGCCAAAUACAACACUGUAAUUGCAAAAGUAGUUUUGCAACACAAUUUAUUUUUAAGGUUCUUUUUUUUCUAAAGAUUCUGUCUUGUUUGUUUACUUUCGCCCUUGAUGCAUCUUUCUGUGAAUCUAACCAGCAAUCCUUUUUGCUGAAAAACUGAGUGCAGUACUGUGUCCUUUAUAAUAUUUUAAAAAGACAUGCUGGAGAAGUGAAGGAAUGGAGUUUGUCACCUUCAAAUAUGGAAUUAAAGGCUUCACUGAGUUCAGGUCUCAGAUCAAAUUGAGCAAAGGCAAAUUUUACGGCUUAGUCCCUCAGGUCUUACAAGGCAUAUAUUUAUAUUACUUUUUAAAAAGGAGGAGUUUAACUUUUCAAGAACUCAGUUUCUUGGUCUCAGUUCUCUCAAGUGUUUGAUACGGGGUGUUUACCCUCUGUGCAGAAAUCCUUGGGAAAUACAGAUUUCUUUUUCCAUGUCAAAAUAAGACAAGUGAUAGAUCUGAAUGCAUGCCUUGCCCAUGACUCUGUUUUUUAGCAGCCCUGUGAAGAGCAACUAGACCCACAGAUUCCAUGCUGGGGAUACACUAGGGUCUGAUUAUGGGGUGCAGUGUCUUGGACGGAGCUGUGGGGCUUUAUAAAUACUAUGUUGUCAUCGGGCUACACAUUUGCAGUAGUACCUUACUAGUGGGAGCCUUUCUUUUCCCCUCCACAAAUUAAAAGUACAUUUUUGAGUUAUAAAAAUCAUGCACAUCAGGAAUAAAUAACCCUGCAAAUGGGAAAAGCAUUUUUCAGCUCUCCGAAGCAUGACAAUACAGUGGGAACAAUAAAGUAACUGUUUUGGGCAAUGCAGUAUAGAGAUCUACGUGUGUAUGAAAAAAGUCAUCUUCAUUGCCAUAGUAUGACUUCUGCUCCACUCCCAUGUGGAUAAUGCACAUCUCUCUGAAGUCAUUAGAACCCCAUAGUCUGGGUUUCACCACAGUCACUGAGUUGGUGCUACUGAGGACAGAGAGAGAAUUUGACCUUUAGUAAAAAAUCCUUUGGCUUUAGAAUAUCGAUGUCUACGUUUAAUAGUUUUUAAAAAGCCAGUAUUAGCAUAUAUGUUAUGACUGAUAUUAAGAUCUACUUAGAGAAUUCCAGUAUGCUACACUUUCCAGAAUAGAUACUAUUGAUGAUAGUAAAUGAAUGAAAACACUCUCUUAUCAACUGUUGGGCUAUCUCGUAUGAUGCACAGGUGGAAUAAAUUCACAGGGAGAAUGGCGAUGAGAGGGAGCAGAGGGGGUUAAAAUUAAAUGUGAUUUAUUCAUAAAUAUUUUUUGCGUCAUGAACUCAUGACAAUUGAAGAAGGAGUUUAAGUUGAUCUGAAGUCAUAUAAUUGAUAUAUAAUUGUACAGUGUACUUAAUGGGAAUGAAGGGAUUAAGGGAAAUUAUUCGGAAGGAUCUAUAAUAAAAAAAUAAACCCAAUGCUUGUAGUUUGCAAGUGAUCUGGCACCAUGUCUACUGAGAUGUCUGGGCAUAACCACCCCUGGACCUCGCUGUCAUUAUCGUGUGGCAGAAACACAGAAAUGUAUCAUCUUUCCUCUCUGGUGUGUCUGUGCUAACCCAGUGGGGAUCUUUGAGAACAUCUGAUUAACCUCUGUAUCUAAAUAUUAUUUGUAAAUAAAACAUACCCAGCUUUGAAAUAUGUUGUCAUUGUAAGCCAGGUUUCCUACACCCUACUGUUGGGCUCAUUUCAUCUGUGGACCUCACAUUUAUAUGGGACCAUGAGGCACCCCAAGUUUACCAAACCCCUAGAUGUCAUGACCCCGAGAGUGCUCCUUCCAUGGGCCUUUACUGUAAGUCUGUGGGGUGGUGGUUCCUGAGGCUUGGGCAGAAAAGGACCAGUGGUAAGAAGUGACCCUUUGAUCUCAGGAAGUGAAGGUGAGUGGAUCCGGAGAGUUGAAUGUCUUUCAUUAUCUUUCUGAGAUGGAACAUCUACAAAGAGGAACAGAGAUAUCGAUGAAUUCUUGGAAGAAGAAAACAAAGUUAAGCAAUCCCUGCCCUCCGUAGAUCGGUGCCGUAUUGGCAGAAUCCUAAGAAAGCUCAGCUGUAAAAAUAAACCCAUCUGUCAAACUCUUGCCGAUCUCUGUCAGUAUAAAGUUAUUGGCUUUGAAAGGAGCCUAUGGAUCCUCAUGUGGCAUAGGAUUAAGGUGGGCUUCCACUUAUUGUCAUAAACCAGCACACUGCUUUUGGUUUUGGGAAUUUUAUCUUCUUGGUUUACGACAUGGUAAAGCUUACAGGGGCCUCCCAGCUCUGUGUGAUCAGCCGUUCAUCUUUUACUUUGCCUGUCUCUGGAGUGGACCAAAGAGAAAAGUCCUUUUAUGUGGCUUUUCUGUAUUAAUCUAUGCAGUGUGAACAGUAUAAAUAGAUUCAAAAAAACAUACUGCUUCCUGGGCUUUAUCUCUAUUUUUCUUCUCUCUCUUUUUGAGCUGCUUUGUAUUCUCUUAUGGUGUAUUAUCUUAUUUCAGGUUACAAAAAAAUGAAUGGGCCAUUUAAAAAUAAACAUUGUUAUUUAUGCCAAUCAGGAAUGAAUAUCUGUUUUCAAGGUGUUAAGAUCUCUGUGAAAAAAAUGUUAAAAAAAGGAAAAUUUGAAUUUAUCCACUGUAACAGCCAUUCCAAUAAAAUACAAUAGAGAAUAAA